AUGGAGUCCACAGACGCGACGACAAAGCAAGACCCCCGCGACAACAUGUUUCGGCCUCCCGUGAACCGUGCUAUGCGCACGCUCGAUCGGUCUUUUUUCCGAAAAACCAUACCCCUCUCCGCCGCCCGCGUUUUCAAGGCAAGCGACAUCUCAAAUGUCCGCAAAGCACUCGCCAAAAGCGAUCUGCUGGUGCUACCGCGCGUCAACUCCGUCCGUGAAGUCAAGGAACAAGAUGGUUCGGUUCUGAAGGCAUUGUUGCUGAAAGGAGAAAUCAACACAACAUGGUCGCCCACUAUGCAGGGGCUCGUUGAAAAGGGAACUGUGGCCGUUGCGCCUUAUGAUUUAACACUUGAAUACGACCAUUGGACGUACGCUGAUAUCAUUGCGUCCAUUCUACCUGAAGAUCUGAUGGAGGAGAUGCCCCAGGGUUUCACGCAGGUGGGACAUGUCUUGCACAUCAACCUUCGCGAGCGAUACCUCCCGUAUAAGCACAUUAUUGCCGAGAUCCUAAUGGAUAAGAAUGCAAGCAUUCGUACCGUCAUCAACAAGAUUGAAGAUGUCGGCUCACAGAGCGUUUUCCGCACCUUCCCAUUCGAACUACUGGCAGGCGAAAACGAUCUGAACGUAGUCCAGCACGAGCAGGACUGUGAGUUCCACUUUGACUACGCCCGCGUCUAUUGGAACAGUCGCCUGGAGACCGAGCACCGCCGACUAGUCGAGAAGUUCCGCCCGAGCGAGAUGGUCUGCGACGUGAUGGCUGGCGUCGGUCCCUUCGCUGUGCCGGCGGGCAAGAAGAAGAUCUUUGUCUGGGGUAAUGAUCUCAACCCCCAUGGGUAUGAAGUGAUGCAAGAUGCCGUUGUGCGUAAUAAGGUGCAAGACUUCGUCACCCCUUCCAACAUGGACGGCCGCGAGUUCAUCCGAACCUCGGGCCAGAAACUGCUGGACGCUGAGCCUCUCACAGUCAGUAUUGGACCCAAGAUCCGCAGGGAUAAGAAGCGCAAGAUCGAUGCGGGCGAGGAGAAGCCUCUACCCCCGCCUCAGACCUUUACCCGCCCCAACGUUGUCGACCACUAUGUGAUGAACCUACCGGCUACAGCCAUUGAAUUCCUUGACGCAUUCCCUGGACUGUAUGCUGAAAAGGAGGAGCUAUUUACCCCUGCCUCGGGCCAAAAAUUGCCCAUGAUUCACGUGUACUGUUUCUCCGGCCACUCUGAAAAUGAGGUCGAUGAUCACAUCGAUAUCUGCGAGAGAGUCUCCGAGCGCAUUGGAUACAAGAUCACGGUCGAUGACUGUGUGGGUGGCAGCGGUGACCAAGAUAUCGAGCUCGCCAUCCAUAAUGUCAGACUGGUUAGCCCCAAGAAGCAGAUGUUCUGCGCCAGUUUCCGCCUGCCGCGCGAUGUCGCAUUCAGAAAAGUAUAG